AGGAGGGGAUUGAGGGAUAGAUAAAGGUCUGCAGGGGUGGAUGGAAGGAUGUGAGCAGACACACAGGGAAUGGAGGGAAUCUGAGUGCACUUGGGGGAACGAAGGGGGACUGAAGGUGAGGUGGGGAAGGGAGCAGUUGUGUAUGUGCACUGGUACCCCACUGUCUCCUGCCCAAUGGUGCUCCCAGGUCAGGCCCCAGCAAUGACAAGUCACACUGCAGCCUGGGUUCCCUGUCAGAGCCCUCCUUGGCCACACGUGUGUCCUCCCAGCCUUGUGGGUGACGCUCAGGGCUGUGGGAAGGAAACCUCUGCGGGAGCCUCUGGCUGCCCCUGGCAACAACAUUGUGUGCCAGCAACACCGGCUGCCCUGCAAUGGCUGCACCACGUCCAGCUCCUCCCCGUGCUGCACGGGCUCCAGAUGAGGCCCCAAAGACAUCCCUGGGUCUGGAGGAGCAUCUGAGCAGGGUGUUCCAGGACAAGCUGCGGCUCCAGACGGUGCCAACGUGGGACUCAGCAUCUCUGCUGCCCUCCAGGCGCCUGCUGCUGAAAAGGAGGGAGGUGGUGGAGGUGGAACGAGCCCUGCAGGCCCAGCGGGAGCACUUCCAGCAGCGGAUGGAGCGCCUGGCACAGCGCCGGCAGCAGCUGGGCCAGCGGGAAGAGCAGCUCCGUGAUGACACCAUCAAGUUCAACGCCUUCCUCAAGGCCAUGUCAGCGAGGCGACAGCGGGCACAGCAGCGGGCAGCUGAGGAGCGGGUGCGGGCGGCACAGCACAGAGCUGAGGCCUCACGGCUGCAGCAGGAGCUGGAGAGGCUGCAGCAGCACAGGGAGCAACUGGGACGGCGCCUGCGGAGCCUCCAUGUCUUUGGUGCCUUCUUGCAGGAUGUGCAGGCAGCCACAGGGCAGGACGUGCCAUCCAUGCUGGCACAUUUCGGGGCACUGGCAGAGGUGCGGGCAGUGCUGCUGCAGCAGGUGGAGGCUGGACGUGUGGCAGUGGCCCAGGGCAGGGCUCAGCUCCAGCAGUGCUGCAAGGAGGCUGACAACGAGCUCAGCAGCAGCAAGGAGGAGAUGCUCCGGCUCCGUGCGCGCCUGGAAGCCGCCCGCAGUGAUGUGCUGAAGGGGGAGUCCCGCUGGGCUCAGCUGCAGAGUGAGGCAGCCCAGAAGAUGCUGCUGCUGGGGCAGAUCCGGAUGGCAGUGCUGAGCCUCUUCCAGCUCGCCACCACGAGGCUGCAGGUCCCCAAGGAUGUAGCCCUGGAGGACACAGAGGCACAGCUGGACGUGCUGCUGCUCUGCAUGCAGGACCUGGCUGCCAUCUGUGCCGAGCUGGGGCUGUGUCCUCAUGUGCCUGCCACCACCACCACACAGCCAUGGCAUCACAGGGCUGUCACAGCGCCUCCCAGCCAGGAAUAGAUGGACUUAGGAUACAGCAGAGCAUGGAAAUCACUCCUCAAGUGGCCUCCUGCAAGGCACCGGGACAGACAACAGUAGAGCAGCUGCUCAUCUUCAGGCCGUUGGUACUGAUAAAGCCUUUUCCCAUUAAAACAUAGCACAGCUGCA